AAGAACCCACGUCAACGUUGUCAACCCCAGGCUCCGGUUUAAUUAGUUUAAUCCCCGCUGUUUGUUUUUGUUCUUCUUAACCUAAACCCAGGAACAUAAUCACGAUUAGAGGGAGUGGGAUUAAGGCUUAAGAGGGACAAGACAGGGCUCCUGUGUUUCCGUACACGAAAGGACACGCACUUCAGUGAUCCGGCGUCGUUUUGGUUUCUGUAUAUAAGGGGAGCAUUUAAGGGACCACAGCUUGGGUUUGAGUUUUGUGAUCGAAACGCAGCGUUUUGUUGUAUGGUGGCGGUGAUCAUGGCGGAGGAAGACACGGAGAGUCGGUGUAGCAUACCAGCGGAUUUUUCGCCGGCUUUGACCCGGAAGCAGAAGCUCAAAGUGAAUAUCUACAAUGAAGUUCUGGUUCGGCUCAAGCGGUCGGAUGUUCCGGAGGCCCAACAACCCGGUUUCGAAGAUGAACUCUGGGCUCAUUUCAAUCGCCUCCCGACUAGAUAUGCUUUAGAUGUGAAUGUGGAGAGAGCACAAGAUGUUCUCAUGCAUAAAAGACUGUUGCAUAUGGCACAUGACCCGGCCACUAGACCCGCAGUAGAAGUCCGUCUUGUGCAGGUUAAUUCGUCUUCUGGUUCAAACUCAUCCAGAAAGGCAGAUACUCAGUGUGCUGGUUUUGCUGGCAAACAGAGUCAUCCACCACCAGCUUUUGGUUUAUCGGAAGACCUUGAACUUGCUUUUGAAGCCAAGAAGCUACAAGUUCAACAUGGGAAUGAUACUGCAAAUGCCGUUCCAAGGCCGAUGCAUGAAAUUACAAUUUCAACUAAUGACAAGCCCAAACUCCUCAGUGAGCCGAUGUUUCUACACCAGAAUGCUUCAAAACUUCUGGUUGGAGAUGCUACCUGUAAUAUUAGUCUGGACAUCGGACUGAACAUUCAAGAAGCACAUGCCUUUUCUACAACAGAUGGCUACUCCUUGGAUGUCUUUGUUGUUGAUGGUUGGAAAUGUGAGGAAAGUGAACGGCUUAGACAGGCAUUGGCAAAAGAAAUACUAUUGAGUGAGAAUCCUUGCUUGGAUUAUAAUGUCAUUUCGCCCGUUUUGAGACAAGACACUGGAAUCAUUGGUGAUCAUGUAAGCACAUCCACUGAAGAUAAAGAUAUCUGGGAACUUGAUGCAAGCCUAUUGACUUAUGAAAAGAAAAUUGCGUCUGGAUCAAAUGGUGAUUUAUAUCAAGGUUCUUUCUGUGGUCAAGAUGUGGCCAUUAAAGUUCUUAGCACUGACCGCCUAAAUGAAACUAUGAAAGAGUUUACUCAAGAAGUCUCUAUCCUGAGAAAAGUUCGGCACAAGAAUGUUGUUCAAUUCAUAGGGGCAUGCACUAAACCUCCAAACCUCUGCAUAGUUACUGAAUUUUUGACUGGUGGAAGCAUGUACGACUUUCUGCAUAAACAAAAGGGUGCUUUCUCACUUCAGUCCUUGCUCAAAGUUGCAGUUGAUGUUUCGAGGGGAAUGAAAUACUUGCACCAAAAUAAUAUAAUCCACAGGGACUUGAAAGCUGCUAAUCUUUUAAUGGAUGGAAAUGGAAUUGUGAAAGUAGCUGAUUUUGGGAUUGCUAGAGUACAGGCACAGUCCGGUAUCAUGACUGCAGAAACUGGCACAUACCGUUGGAUGGCUCCAGAGGUUAUAGAACAUAAACCUUAUGAUCACAAAGCUGAUGUUUUUAGCUUUGGGAUUGUUCUGUGGGAGCUUCUUACAGGAAAGCUUCCUUAUGAGACCUUAACUCCACUUCAAGCAGCACUUGGCGUUGUCAAAAAGGGUCUGCGGCCUCCGAUUCCUAAGCACACUAACCCUAUGUUAGUGGAGUUAAUGGAAAGUUGCUGGCAGCAUGACGCAUCAUUGAGACCUGAGUUCUCGGAGAUUGUAAAUAUGUUGCGACAGAUGGCUAGGAGGGUUGCGGAUGAAAGAGAGGACCGACGAAAGGGGAAAUCAGCUAAAGUAGUACCCACUCUCAGGCAUGGCAGUGCGGAAUGAGGAUAUGUGCUCCAUUGGAGCUAUGCGUGUUAAUCUAACAAAUGAUCAGACACUUCAUUAGGGAUUGACCAUGUUUGGUAAUAUUGGUCAUCAGUCAUCACCUGAAUGUAAAUACAAACAUCAAUGAAUAGACAAAGAUACUUCCCCACAGGACAAGACGCACGCUAAAUAAUAUUAUUCCCGACUAUUUUGUAUUCCCAUUUCAUAG